CACGAUGCCACGGUGUGCUGAGUCUAUUGGAGACAGGACACCGAAGAGAAGGAGAAGGGCUAAAAAAGAGACCCGCCGAAAAUGGACCAGGGUUUCUAAGAUGUUUGGACCAUCCAAAAGCCACCAGGACCAGACGAGGAUUGUGAGGAGACUGAGGAGAAAAAUAACAGAAGAAGGAGAGGGAUCUCCAACACCGGCAGAGAAUAAGAAUAAGGGACUCCUGCAGCAGGACGCAACCAAAGAGCCCCCAUCCUCAGUGGACGUCAGCACAGGCGAUUUACGGAAGAGGAAUCUGAAGAAGGAGGACGAGGACAUUGAGGAACCACAGUUUAGGAAUAGGAGGAAGAAUACCAGGAAGAAGACGAAAAAGACAAAAGAAAUGGAUUCCCAAAGAGCUGAAUUCCAGGAAAAAUAUACUGAGCUGCAUCUACUGGGAAAAGGAGGCUAUGGAUCUGUGUUUGCUGGACAUCGAGAGGUGGAUAAAUUACCUGUGGCUAUCAAACACAUUCCAACAGAAAAGGUGGACCGCAAACAUAACGAUGAGAACGGUAGGGAGAUGGCGUUGGAGGUGGCCAUCAUGUUGAAACUGAAGAAUCUGACUGGCAGUUCAUCAGGGCAGUUAGCCACAGUGUCCCUGCUGGACUGGUAUGAACUGGAGGAGGAGCUGCUCAUAGUGAUGGAGAGGCCCACGCCUUCGCAGGACCUCAAUGACUACCUUGAUGAGAAUGGAGGUUGUCUAAAUGAGGAGGACGCCAAGGUCAUUUUAAAACAGCUGGUGGAAGCAGCGAUUCAACUUCAGGAUGCAAACAUCUUCCACAGAGAUAUUAAAUUGGAAAAUGUCCUUAUUGAGAGGAGCUCAGAAGGCCUACAAGCCUAUCUCAUAGACUUCGGUCUAAGCCUCUUUGACCACGGAAGGAAAUUUACCAUCUUCCAAGGGACCCAUGCUCUUCAAUCACCAGAGUAUCGCACACAAAAGAAAUAUUUUGCUGGACCCACAACAGUGUGGCAGCUGGGAGUGGUCCUGUUUGAAAUUCUCCACGAUACAAAUUUUGACACCAACAAAUUUCUCAAAAAGAAGCUAAAGAUCAGCAAGAGGCUUCCCAAAAACUGCCAUGAUAUUCUGACUAGGUGCCUGAAGACACACCCAGAGGAGCGUCCCACACUGGAAGAGCUGCUCAAUCACGCAUGGUUUUCUUAA